GUCAAGAAUACCGCAAGCUCUUCUCAGUGAACCUGUCCAAAAAGAUGCUCCAUCAGGGCCCUUGCUGAGGGAUGCAAGUUGAACAUAUGGUUGGAGAUUAGUUACACCUAUUUGACUUCUGGAGAGCUUCCAAAAAAACUGUUCAAGGAGGAAGGCAGUAAAGACCUGGAAGAGGGAACCCAAGACCUACAUGCCCAAAUGAUUACCAAAACAAGCUACGGGCCAGUCUGUAACUGAAGGAAGAGAUUGAGGCUUCAAGGUAUCGAUGAUCUACAAUGGAAAGAACCAAUCAUCUCUUCGUGAUUUCCAUGCUCCUUCUCCUUCUGCUCUCCGAUAGACCAAAGGAGACAGAGUCUACAUCUAGAGACCUCAACACAUCGGACAUCUGUUGCCCUGGCGAUGCAGGCAUGCCCGGUGAAGAUGGUUUUCCCGGUUACCCAGGACGGAAGGGAAUGCCGGGGAGGCAAGGGCAGAAAGGAGUGCGCAGGGACGGGGAGAGAGGUGACAAAGGAAUAGUAGGGCCCCCUGGAAUUAAGGGGGACAUGGGAGAGAUAGGUCCAAAGGGACAAGCAGGCGGGGAAGGACUGAGGGGCCCUCUAGGUGAAGCAGGACCCAGGGGGGACCAGGGAGGUAAAGGAGACAAGGGAUUCAAAGGGGACACUGGGGAGGUUGGAGAUGCUGGGCCGAAGGGGCUCCUUGGGGCCAAAGGGAUAAAUGGCCUGCAAGGAAUUAAGGGGGGGAAUGGGACCAAGAGGAAGGGCAGAAAGGGCCUGCAAGGAGAGAGGGGGGAACCAGGGCCAGUAGGAUCCAAGGGGGUGAUUGGACCACCUGGUGUAGGGCCUAGGGGCCCGCGGGGGGUCCAGGGCAAAAAAGGGUUCGUAGGUGAAAGGGGGACACCCGGCCCAGGCCUGCCUAAAGCUGAAUUCAUGGUCAGGAACACUGUGUCGCACACUGCUGGCACUUUCCGCAUCGACUACAACAUCGUGACCAGCAUUGGCGGGUACUUUGACUGGGAAGUGGCUCGGUACACCAUUGGGGAGUCAGGGACCUAUGUGCUGCAGAUUGCCACAAAUUACAUCGGUGGACGAUUUCAGCUGAUGCACAACUUCUCUCCACUGAUCACAGGUUCAGGAUUCCUUCUUGCUAUCAAAGACUGUCGAGCCGGAGAUCAAAUCUGGUUACGAAUCGAAAUUUCGAAGGUAUACUUUGAAAAUAUGGACUUUUGGCUUUCAGGCUACAUGCUGUACAAUCUUUAAUCACAAAAUAUCAAGACCUUCAGUAAAACCAUAGAGCUAGGAACAGGCCAAUCUCCUGAAAUAUAGGGUAUGCAAAGGAUACUAAUUUAGUACAUCACAUCUCCUUCUAAGAUCCUUCUGUUUAAAUCAUAAUGGCCUACAUAAGACAUGUACUUAAGUUUACUUUUACCAACCAUUUUCUCUCAAGCAUCUAGUUAGUGAAAAAACAGUGAGUGACACACAGAAGAAGGUAUCAAGAUCACAAAAAUAAUAAAUUGACUGUGAAAUUGUUCUUUCAUUAAAUGUGACCUGAAUUUUACACAAAACUCUUAUUUACACUGCAUAUGCCUACUGCCUGCAUGGAGCUUUUCUAUGAACAAAGGAUCAACUUUGAUAUCAAAAGAUCAGAGCGAGGGAUCAACCCUAAGACUGGCCCUGCGGCCUUUAUGCAUUGUUUACCAAGAUGUUCUGACUGCAAACUUUUUAAGGAGGGUAACGGAAUUCAAAAUGGGGCGUUACCAUGCUCUGGGGCAAAAUCCCAAGCCUAGGACAGUGUUUCCAGACAUUCUGAAGAUGGGUGAACAGGGUCUGUUCAUGAGUAUGAAGCAAACAUUCUUUUAGGGCAUCUCUUGGGUCACGUAGCACCCAAAGAAUGAAAGUCUAAUGAGAGGCUUGAGGGGCCAAAGCCAGACUGAUUUAUGACUUUGGGAGAAGCCUCCUCAUUCUGACCAGGAAUGCCGCCUCGGUUGGGGGGGGAGACACACAUUGGGAUGUUAUUUGGGUCAGAGUUUUAACUUUUAUUGCAAAUGUAAACAUUUGCGCCCCCAUUCCAAACACAUCAUUAGCCUGAUUUACAGCUUCAGUUGUUUCACCAUAAAAAUAUUUAUCAGCAGGGAUGUACUUCUUCUUUGAGACCAUUUACUGCAAAAAAUAUGGAAUCCUGUGGCAGGGUGUGUUAGAGAUGGAGUGAUUAUUCUUGAAUUAUUGACUAAAACAUAACAUAUGAUUCUGAGCUGUCAAUACACACAGGGAUAACUAUUUAUUGCUCAACAUUAACAACUUUUUAACGAGAGUAUUGAAGAUUAACCAUAUGUAAAUAUUUUUUUUGAAAACUGUAAAUAUUGUAAAGAGGAUAAAGUUGUAGUGCAUAUCCAUGUUUCAGUCCAAAUUGUGAUUCGAAUUGAAAACUGUGGAUCACUGUGUCGAGUGUUGUUUUAAUGAAAACAAUUUCUUGCAGUGUCUUACGAUGAAGUAUGAGUAGUAGAUGAAGUUGUGGCAAGGGGCUCAAUUUUAGGACACAAAAUGGAUGCCAGUGUAUACAUGUAUGCUGCAUUCUUAACAGCCAGGACCCAAUAUCAUGGCGCUACUUACCACAGAAUUCCGCGCUUACGAUCUCCAUUCUGUGCUAACCGAGCAAGCAGAAAAAUUCUGUGCUAACCCUUUAAGCACAGAAUCCAUAGUUACGGGAUGUACGAAUGCGUACAAGCCAGAAUUCCUUGCUAACCUGUGAAAAACGUUUGGCGUAAGCGCAGAAUUUUCUGCUCCGGUAAGUGCCCAUUUUUUGCCGUGAAAUUGGCCCCUGAUUGUACAUGUACGUCACUCAGAUACAGGUGAAAAAAAAUUUCAACUUGCUGAUAUCCUGAUAACCUACAUAUACGACAAGAGAUGCACUCAAUUAUAAAGAUGCAAACAUUUGCACAAAGCAGCCUCCAUUUCCACCUGUACACGAUGACGAGCUGAGCCAAUCAGAGCACAAGAAAUUAGAAUCAAUAGGCCACAAGCAACCAAAAGAAUUAAUUUGUGAAGCCUUAUGAGAGUAUGGUCUGUCCUCGCAAACAUGCACUUAAGAUACAAAGUCUUCAUACAUCUUCUAUCUCACCAAUAUGUGCAUGCAUGGUAACUCAAAGGGUACAUGUACAUGUAGGUCUGUCUUGACACUCCUUGAGCAGUUGAUAAAACUUCAAGGGAGACCAGAGCCACAUAUAGAGACAGUUGCAACAUAAGUGUCACCAUUGCUGGAAACAUACAGGCAAGUGUAUGCACAUCAGUGCACACAUGAUUCAUGGCCAUAUUGGUUCCAAAGUCAGCACUACUCACUUUAUUAACAGCUCUGCAUGAGACUGCUGAAGGAGGCCCUCUGUUGACAGUGGUCGGGUGAUUAUCGACUCACAGCCAUCAAAUGACUGUUGAAAAUCAGCCUCUCAACUUAUUCUGUGGAGCCCCUUUGAGGGCAGAUUUACUACCAGAGGGAGAUUAAAGCCUCUUCAAUUUGAUUGUUAUUCAGCAAUGCACUACAAAAUAAAAUCUCAAGUUCCUUUACUCUGCAAUGAUACAAACCAUGGUUCACUGCUUAAAAGCCUUCAGUCCUGUUGACUCCCUUGAAAAUUCAUAGCUCUGUCAGUGUCUGUCACUGCUCUUUUAACUUAGUUUCACAAUGCUGACUCCUUAUUUUAGCCAACAUGCAACAUUAAAAUUAGAUUUUUCUAUUUAGAGCUGUUCGCAUGUAUCUAUUUUUAUAGCCCGGGAAGAUAAGUGUGUCUAUGCACUACGAUGAACUGGUACGAUAUUCCAUCAAUAUCAUUAUUGAAGAUGUAAAUAAGAUUGCCCCUUAUUGUAAAUAAAAGAAUGUAUUUCAUACACCAACAAUGUAUACCUCUCUGCAAAUAAAAUGUUACAAUUUCAAAAAACUGUAGUGAUAUUAGUUUUUAUCCAUAAAAUAGAUGAAAGUUUGUUGUUGUGUGUGAAACUUCUUCGGGACUGCUACAUGUGUAUGUCACCCUUAAUUCAUAGAUUCCUCAACUAUUCAACCAUUGGGUUUAUUAAAUAUCUGUUAAUUUGUGCAUUUGUCUUCUAUGGAAAAACAAUGCAAUCAAGCAUGUGAAUGGGCAUGAACCCAAAAACCUGAAAAUAUUUUGUGAUGAAAUUAAUCAUGGGGAGACUACUGCGAGCGUGGAGCGCAAAGCCUUUACGACGUAGGGUCCGGGGCUUAAGGGGAAAUGUUGGAUUGUAGAUGCUCUAUGGUACAAUCUGAGGCAAUUCAUGGCCCCUUUGCUUCUAAUUUAUUGAAGCAAAAUCUUCACAAUUAUAAGGACAUUUCUCAUUUUCUAAA